AGCUUUUAUGCAUUCUCGCUUGCCACAUGUUCACGAUGUUGUUAAUAAAGAGCAGAUGGGUAUUUAACUUGAACUACUUAUUUUCAAUGGUAGUUUGUCUAUAAAGAAAGGACGUUUAAGGCAGCCAAAAUAUUCUAUAUACUUCAAUGCUUUGAAACAACCUCUUGUUUAAGUGUUCACUGAUCUUGUUAUUUUGGAUAUACUAUGGAUAAACCUGUCAUGCCAGCUACAGAGAGACGUAACGACGAAAACUCCUUCAACGUGCAUUACAUGCAGAUGCAGAGAGAUUCGAUGGAGUCCGUCUGCUCGGUCUACAGCUUUUCGUCUGGUUCUCUUCCAUCCCAUUUCCGGUCUCUAAGUCCAAAACCAGACGUUCGAGUUACCAUAGAAACGGAUGACUAUAAACCGCCUUCUAGAUUCAGCACACGGACAGUAUACAUCAUUCUUGCCGCCAUUUUUAUUGUGUCUUCUUCAAUUGCCGUGACAGUAGCAGUGCACGAGAUACAACGUGUAAUACAAGAGGAGUCAGCGGCUAUCCUCACGAAUUACAAGUAUUUGAACGGUACAGAAGUUGACGUGACGACAGCUGCUGACGUAGGAACUAUCGAUAAAGCAACAAAGACGACAAACACACCUCUACCGAGUCCACAAUUCGUGGACCCGAGAACACAUUGUUUAAAAAGGUGCACGGUAUACGGGAAGCCAAAGUUCGAGUCCAAAUGUGAGUCUGGUGUCUGCAUGUGCAAAGGCAAAGACUUUCAACAAAACACGUGUUUACCGUCCUUGAACGGGUGCGUUAUAACCAAAGAAAUCCACUCUCGAUACACAUCAAUAUGGAACUCACCAACGACCGCCUUCCACUGCAGUAAUCAUACCGGAAACACCGAACAUGACGUUUACGUCAUCGGUAUCUAUGGUAACCAUUUCUCAGAAUCGACAGUGGUAGACGUAGAGAGCACAGGCGUUACAAAGGCGUUGACAAUUGUGCUUGGAAGUCACUACCCAGUGAGAUGGAAAGUGAAACACACAAAUGCACCCAUUACGGAAAUUGUUAUGAUUUCUGACAGUAAGCUCUCUAUGAGUGAAUUGGAAGUAUUCAAUGAAGAGGAUGUGUCGUCUGCUAAAUCACCAACAAUAAGGACAGAGUUUCUUCCGGUUGGUUACGGUGAUGACCGAUACCAUUCGAACACUGCAGAAAUGUUAAGAACUAUCAGCCAAGUCGUUGGACCGAUCAAAUCAUUCUUAGGAGCAAAUUUUGCAGACAGAAUUGUUCUGAACGUUGCAUCGUGACAAACUUAAUCAUGUUAAUAAGUUAUGUGAUCUAGUCAUUUUAUAAAUGAAUAAAUCAGUGCUGGUACUACUUC